AUGACGAACAUUCUAAAGUGCAGCAAAUGCAAUAUUGUGGUGGACGAGUUGUUAACCUUUGUGCAGAAUAAAAUAGAUGUCAUGGAUGAAGACAGUUUGUGUCGGAUCUGUACGUCGGCUUUUGAAGUGGAAAGCAUAGAAAAGUCUAAGACUCUUCUUUUCGAAUCUAUUCCUACAGAGAAGAAAAGGAUUGUUCGUAGAAAUCGUAAGAGAACGGAAAAACAGAGAAGAGAUGUUGAGGACAUUAUAAGCUUAUUUAAAGGUACGGAUCCUGAGCUAGUACCGACUUUUGUAGCUCGAGAUAUUCACCUUCUCCCACCUGUGACAUUCGAUCAUGUGGACGUUACUGAUUUUCUAAAGAAAAUAACCGUUAUGCGAGCGGAGAUAGAAGAUAUUAAAUCGAAUUUUGUGACCCAGGAACAGUUAGUAAAAUUGACGAGAAAAAUUGAAUCUUUUGAGUACCGGCAGAAUACAUCAACAUCACACAACGGUCACUUUUUAAACGUGAACAUGCAGAGAGGUGCAUUUAUCGGAGAUAGCGGACCGAAGGGUUUUUCGUACUGUGACCUGUCUAGUCGUAGAUUGUCGGACGAGUGUGCAUCCCCUUCACCUAUGGCAGAAGAGGCUUUGAGUGAGCGAGCAAAGAAAUCGGAGGAGUGCACGGACGUAGGCGAGUCGACACAUAAUGGCGAGCUAGUGCUUUCUUCCUCCCACUCUCAAAAUAACUCGCUAUCUGCAUCCCACUCGCACGAGUGUGGGGAUGGCAAUCAAAUGGCAUCCUGUUUUAACAUGCGUGGGUUGCCAUCUAACGAUGAUGUAGUGUUGUCCCGCUCACCACAACGAAGCAGUCCGAAAGCGCCACCGUGUCGUCUGGCUCCGGUAGAAAAUGUAGAAAUGGCGUCUCAUAACUACAAACAAUUGGAUUUGAGUUUGAGUGAGAGUGUCGAUAUAAAUCGAAAUCUAAGUGAACAUAAAGUUGCUUUGCAAAAUACCGGGGAUUUGACGAGUAGUGAUAAAACCAAAGGGUGGGAAGUUGCGGAAUCGCGUAAACACCGUGCAAAACGAAACCGCUUUGUUGGCAAGAUGGGCAUGGCUCGUGCCGGGCCGGAUGCGAAGUUUAAGGCUGCGGAGGUGAAGUUACCGUUGUUUAUCACCAAAGUUGCUAAGCAAACUACCAAAGAGGACAUCGUCGAAUACAUUGAAGCUAAAACUGGGCAGAAAGUGACGAUGUAUCAAAUUAACAGCAAGGAUCCUAGGAAACGUCACAACUCUUUUAAGUUUUACGUAGACAAGAUGUUGGUGCCCGUGUUUUUGGAUGUGAAGCUAUGGCCGGCGGGCAUAGUAUUUAGGCGUUUCAUGCCACAGAAGCCGCCUGCAACAACUAACGCCCCGAGGGCUUCGACUGCUGCGAGCCGUAUUGACGAGACACUACAAACUUAA